GCUCUCAACCUCAGCUAUGCUAUUUUGCAAAGAGCUGAUUGAGGUUGUAAAAAGCAUACACUAGAUUUUGAAAUUAUUUUAAAUUUUAUGAUAUUUUAAUUUAUUUGGAAAAUCAAUGGAAUGAGGUGGGUGUUACUCUUAGUAUUCGCGUCUGGAGUGCUAAUCGCUAACGGAAACUCAAAUUCUUUAGAAGAAGAUGAUGGUUUUCGUAGGUUGUUAAGAAGAGCAAGCAUAGAAGCAGAUCGACCUUUGAUUAGAGAAGAACGAAGAAAUAAAGAUGAAGAGGAUGAAGAUUCACUCAGUGAUAUUUUUGAAAAAAAACCUGAUGUGUCAUUGCUGGUAAGAAACAGAAGAGAAGAAGAAGAUAAAUUUUACCAGACACUUUUAAGUCGAUCAGAACCCAAACACAAAGAUAAAAGAGCAUUUGAUACAGAAGACAGUGAAUCAAAAAAAGGUAAUCUAGUUCGAGAAGAUUGGACUGGUGGAGAUUCGAAAAUAUCUGAUGCUGACAGAGAAGAGUUGACAAGCUUAUUUCAAAAGUUGAAUGCUGACACUGGAGAACAAAAAGAUGUAUUUGCUAGAUCAACAUCAGAGAAUGAUGUUUCUGUUGAUGGAGCUGCUCAAGAUUAUGCAAGAUGGUUGUUGACUCAGCCAGCUAAUGAAAUUGGAAAGGCUUUAUCACAUAAAGCUGAAGUGGACCAUAAAUUAACAAAGUUGUUUUUUGAAUCCAAAAGAGGAAGCAUUUCUAAACACAAUAAUGCAACCAAAAGAGGAAAGAUGGAUGAUGAAGAUUAUCCUACCAAAGUUGUAUAUCCUGAACCAGUUCAUUGGAAAACAAAAAAGAAGAGUGAAGCACCAAGAACAGAUAGCGCUGUUAAAAGCUCAAUUGUACCUGAAAAUUGCACAACUGGAGAAUGUAUAUGUAGAAAGAGUUGUCUUCCAAGAAAACCAUUAUCUUUUUCUCCUUGUGAAUGUUCAGAAGGUUGGCAAAACAAACCAGCUGUUCAACUUGCAAAAACUGUUGCAAAAAAAUUUACUGCUUUCUUAUUACCUCACAAAUCAUCUGAUAAAGCAAGCAAAACGCUGGCUGCUUUUGGUCCAAAGUUAUGCAAUGAUGACAGUCCACAUUGUUUAUGUACCAGAGCAUGUUAUCCACGUGGCAUUGCUGUUUUAUAUCCAUGUCGAUGUGAAGGUGAUCUGAAAAUGAAUGAAACACUUUUACAAAAUGCUACAGCUCAAGAAUUUGCUUCUGUAAAAGCUCUAAAGGCAACACUGCAACAAAAAACUGUAGUUAAGACUCAUACAUUGAAUGUGUCAUCUAUUAGAACAGUAGAUCCUCUUGCUAUCACAUGGUGUUCUCAAGCCUGUGGAGGACUUCAUGCUGUUGCAAAUGAGAAUCCAUGUAAAUGUUCACAAGUACCUUCCAAUAAAACUGUUGUUUUGGCUGUAGACCCAAAUAUUGUACAUUUUCCUCCCCGAGCACCUGAGUUAACCAAUCCAGUUUCUGCAAUGGUUUCAAACACUAAUUUUCCUGGUGCUGUUACAGCUGCUAACAAUGUUUUUUUUCCGGUCCCAAACAUACCUGCAACCUUGAUUGGAAAUCAUCAAGUUAACAAUCCUGUUUCCCCAGUCAUUAUUGGUGCUUCUCAAAAACAAGUUGCCUCUCAAUUUCCAGUUAUUUCAAAUUUAGAACCUGUUCAUUCUGUUGGUAUCCAACAAGCACCUUUGAUAGUUUCAACACCUCAAAUAUCUCCAAAUGUUAAUGUAAAAGGAUCAAUUCGCACUACUGGAGAUACUCCUGCUCUAAGUAUCUGUGCACGGUCUUGCUAUCCAAAUAAAGUGGGAACAGAUCAUCCAUGUACAUGUGUUCGAAACGCAACAGUUCGAUAUGAAAAUUUGUUGAAGAAUCAAUCACUAGAAAAAAUAAAAAAACAUUAUCAAGGUUGUUUUAAAGAUCGCAGACCAAAUCGAGAUCUUCCUAAACGUUUCACUCGUUAUGAGACCACUCCUGAAGCAUGCAUUAAUGAGUGCCAGUACCAAGGUUUUAAAUUUGCUGGUGUACAGUAUGGUUACUUAUGUUUUUGUGGUAAUGGCUUUGGAAGAUAUGGUAGAGCAAAAGAUUCUGUUUGCAAUGUUGCUUGCAUGGGUGAUGCAACAAGAACUUGUGGUGCAUUCUGGCAUAAUGCUGUUUACUCAGUUGAUGGAAAAGAAUAUGAUCCAUCUGAUUUUGAUUUUGAAAAACUUGAUAAGGAAAUGGUUGCUCGUGAUUCUCUCGCUUCUGUUAGUCAAGCCAACAAUGUGCAAGGAACUAACAGAAAUCUCUACAAUUCUCAAGGAGCAAAUGUGGCAAGUCACUUGAUGAAAGCUGCACAAGCUGCACUGAAAGCUGCAAAAAAACUGUUACCUGGUAUCUCAAAAAAAACAAAGGUUGCUAAAAAAGGUGACAAAGUGAAACGAGAAGAUUCUGAAGAUGAUGAAAUUUUACAAGAAAAAAUGUUAGCUGAAGCUUCACUUUCAGCUGUGCGUCAAAUUAUUCAUAAAACUAAUUUUGGUAUUGAGAAACGAGAUUCAGAACGUGAAAAGCGUGCUAUUGAUGAAGAUAGUGAGUCCUACGAUCCAAAUAAUGGCAGAGAUUUACUUGUUGCAUAUAUGCAAAAUGUUGAUUUGUACCGGCGUCAAGUUAGAAGCGUUGAUGAAGAAGAAGAAGAUUACGACCCAAAUGAACAAAAAAGAUUUGAGUACAAACGAAUGACUAUUGGUGAAAACUCAGAUGGUGAAUUUGUUGAAAGAAAUGAUGAUGAAAAUAAACCCCAAAAAUCAUUAGAUAAAAAAGAUAAAAUCCAUGAAGAUAAAGCUUCUCUAUUGCAACCUGUGACAGAUGAUCUAGAUACAGUUACAAAGCGUACAGUAUCUACUGAGGACCAUCCUGAAUCAAAACAAACUGUUUCUUUAGAGAAUGACAAACUUCCAGCAAAAAGAGCUGUCUCAGCUGAAAAUACAAAAAAGCACUCAUUAGUGAUAAAUGAUGAUAGCUUUUCAAAGAGAAGAAAAAGAAGAUCUUUAGAUGAAGAAAAUCAAUUAUAUGCCAACCAUGAUAUUGAAUUAGAAAAAGCGGCACCAGUAUUUACUGAAAAAGAAAAAACUGUAGAAUUACCUGAAAAAAGAGUUGACAUUCCAAUGGAAAAAACUAGCAACGAACAGUUGAUUAAAGCCGACGAAAAUGAUGAUGAAGAUGAAGAAGAUGAUGAACCAUCAGACGACGUUGAUGUAUCAGGAUCUGGCGAAGAAGUUGAUGAAGAUGAAAACAUAUCUAACAAUGAAUCUGGAAGCGAAUCAGAUGAUUCUGAGGUCCAUGUUUCAAGAAGAGAUAUUGAAAAUGAUAUGGAAGGGCUGUUUGUUAAGCGUGAUUUGGGAAAUGAUAAAACAAAUGCUAGCACUGUAAUAAAUAGUACACUGGAAGAUACCACUGUGGAUGCAAAUCUAAAGAGUGAUGUAGAAAAAGGUGUGGAUAGCUUGUUGAAUUUAGUAGUUGAACUUUAUAAACAGCAAAAGACAAUAAAAGCAUUUGAAUCAAGUGUUCGUUCAUUGAGGCAUGAUAUUUUAAGAGAACUGCAUGUACCUAAAUUUCAAAAAGACCAAACCACAAAAAAAGUUAGAGAACAAAUUCAGAAGACAGCUAGAGAAAGACUUCGCGUGCUUACUACCUCAAUUGAAAACAAAAUUAGCGAGUUUGCAAAGAGUCAUCCUGAAGCUUCUAGACAAGCGAAUCUUGCUGCAAGUUUGUUACCUAAACUUCCUCUCUCGCAGCGUUCUUUAAUUGAAACAAAAAAAGAAAUUAUACGCCGCGCUGCAGAAUUUGAUAAUGUUGAAGACACUUUUAAUGACAACAAAAUUCCUGAUAUUUUAAAAGAACAUUUUAAAAGGAACGCUGAACCAGAUUUCGAAGACAGCCGUCCACGACGUAAAAUCUUCAAAGGUGAAGAACAAUUGUCGAGAAUGCAUCGAGAUGUUCAAGAAAUUGAACAUGAGAUGGCUAACGAGAAGGAUGGCGAUGAUGAAGAAUUUGAUCAACUUUUUUAAGUAAAAAGAAGUGGAAUUAUUGAAUUUAUCAUUAAAGUUGUUCAAGUUUUUUUUAA